AUGUCAAAAACAUGGAUCCUCGUCACUGUUUUGUCCAUUAUCAUAAUCUCAAAGUCUGAUGCUGCAGUUCACUCCUCGAAGUCGACAACGCCGACAGAACAGACUGAUUUAAUAAGUAAGUACUUGAAAAAUUCCGAAAUAAGAUUUCAAACUGGGUAAAAUGUUUGGACUUCUUCUUUUUCUUUAUCUAAAAUUUUAUAUAGUUAGCUAUAUAGGAAUUUGGAAUUGUACUUUUAUUAUUUAUAUAAGAUGGAAUUAUUUAUUUACAUUCAACUGUUUUACCAGUUCCGUUUGAACUAUAUAGAUGCCCGGCCCAGCAAGGGCAUUCCCUAUAAUCGUUUUAGAGAUCUAAAAUAAACCAACUUCAUUUAUAUACUACUAGUUAGUAGCCAGGGACCGCGGAAGCUGGCUUCAGCCCACCCCCGUCACCCCAAAUAACUUUCAUGACACUGAACGCAUAUGCCCCUUCAUGCUUGGUUUGGGGAAUUGGUACACUAUAAUAACUACAAAUAGUUGCAUGUUCAGCUGGCUAUAUACCGUAUCAUUGAAUGCAAGGCUGAAAUACAUAUUUCUCCUUUUUUGCGUACGUGAUACUGGCAUUAUAUUGGUAGAUUGGCUUAAGGCUUAACCAAGAUUUUUAGUUUUGAAAAGAGAAACAGAUUAGUUUUGAAAACAAAGGGUCUGUAUUCGAAACGUGGAAGUUCUUUAUGUACUUUUCUGGUGGUUGAUGAAUCGUCUACAGUUUGGCAGUUUUAAGCAUCCCUACGUGAUUUUUAAGCAGAGUAACCCUCGACUUGAACGUUUGGAUUCGUUGCAUGUUUGUGUAAUUUCUAUUUCGUCAUCAGAAGAAUUUUCGAUUCACAAAUUUUUCAGUUAGACAUGUGUUUCACAGAAAUAUAUGUGCCUAUCAUACAGGCAAUAUACACAUGGUUACUGUAAACAAAAUGAUUGUGGGAAAUAGCUGGAAAUGCAGUCUAGACCUAGGAACUUUACUCAGCAGGCAAGAAAUUGAUUUGCAGGUACGUUAAUCGACUUCAAUGACUCACGGCGGGCUUCGCCCUUGCAUCGCCACGCCCCCAAAUUGCUGGGUUCCGGCAAGCUCUCUGGGUUUUUCAGCCCCCUUGACUUAAAACCUGGCUGCCUCACUGUUUUAGGUCCUGAAAUGAUGAACACGGUAAAAAGUACGAGCAAAACCAUCGGCAGUAAAUUGACAGAACUAUUCCUCAACCAUUUUCUACCGAGUAACUCAUUUACACUCCUGAUAACCAACAACAUGGUAAAACGUCGCAUGAUUGAUCCAAAGAUUUACCUUAAAAACGGGCAAACCGUCACUCCACCAUCAUUUAUGUUACCAGCUGCCAAGGAACCUUAUAGUGGGACUAAACACAUUGUCUUGUUGGAAAACGAUCCGGCCGGUUAGUAAAACGCGUAUGACGAAAUAUAAGGCAUGGAACACUACGGUUUUUGCCGGAGUAUUUAAUCGGAAAGAGACGUUUUGGCGCCACGCAGAGCGUGUUUUCAAGGCUGUGUCUCUAUGAUACGAUGCGUUUGUCCUGGUCAAACGAGGACAAAAGUUGAUGAGCGUUGAUAGCUUGCGUCUGACCGCCAAUUCUCAACGAUUCUCGCGUGCAGUCUCGUGGUUCUCGUUAUGCAACUCUCAUCAACUUUGAGCGGGUUCAAAUCUUGAAGAGAGUUGAUGAGAGGUUUCGCUGCGCGCGCCCUAGCUAAUAUCCAAUCAGUUCUCAUCACUCCCAUACAAUUCUUGUUAUAUUUGACGAGCGUCGCUUCUCGACAACUCUCAUCCUCGUUUGACUAGGCCGGCUUCCACUUGACUAACCGUUGGAGGGUGUUUAGGAAGAGCAAAAAGAAGCAAAUUGAUCUGGCGUAUUUACGGAAAUUUAAGUUGACAAACACAUGCAGGGGGAGUGAAUCUAGAAACACUAAUAUAGAAACAAAUUAUAUACCUCUUGCACUUUUUGAACGUAUAAUGGUAAAGAUGAAUGGACUUGAUGUUCAUUGCGAGGGAUUUUUAUUUUGCGGGAUGUUUCCGAGAUUUUGGGGCGGGGGUGUAUAAAUGAAAUUUUAUGAUGAGAUUUCAUAGAGAGGUAUUUUCGGGGGGUUUUAUUUGCAACUCACGAAUUCUUGAGUAUUUUGUAUUUUUGUCCACAUUUGGUACACAAAACUAUAUGUUGUAUUCUGAUUUCAGACAAUAUUAGCGUUGACGACAUAGUGCCACCGCCUUGAUAACAUUUGAACGUUCAAACAUUUCGAUAAAGGAUCGUGACGUUCCAAGCUGGAGUAAAAUUCACAGUAAAAUUCACGCUUCGAUUGUAAUCAUUUACGCAUCCGCCCCACUAUAUAGGUGUCCUGUGCUACGACAGUGAACCGAUUGCAGAAGAUCCAAACCUACCUAAGGCAGUCUCUUGUGUGAUUUUUGACGCGAAAGAAAAACAAUAUGCCAUAUAUGGACAGAAUGAGGUCAUUACAAACGAAGGACUACAGGAACUACACGACAAGUUUACGAAAAAAUCAGAACCUACCAUCCAACCUACCAAGAACAAAAACGGAGGAUUCCUAUUUAGAGAUUACGAGAAGUUCCAAAUGAUUGCUCAGCUCACAACUGGAGGCGAGGUUCGGCAAUUACAUUUCGAGGUAAUGUUGGACUGUUGUAGGAAUUAUACAGACAAGUGCGCGAAGACAUAUACAAUUUAAAUAAAAUAAAAACCAAGUCAAAUGAUUCCGAACAAAUUAACAGACUAAGCGACUACCGGACUAACAUGCAGUCUCACACAGGCAAUAAAGCGAUGUGUAACUUCGCUUGGUCAACGCAAUUCUUAUACUAAGCAGGUAGGAAUUUAAUUUGAAAUUUUAAAUUAAGGUGGCUCGAUACACUUUUCAAGAAUUCAGGUGUUCAACACUUUGACAUGUUCAAACUACGCAUUUGUAGGAUUUAUUCAGAAGAUAUUGUGAGUUUUAAUUAUAAUAAUAAUAACAAUAAUAAUCUGUUUAAUAAACCGAAUUGCAGUAACAACUGAAUUACACGAUAUACGUAAAAUUAUAUGUAUAGAUCUAAUUACAAGAAAUAGAAUAUAAUAAGGUAUAAAAAUCAAACACAUUUAACUGUUAUAAUAUAGUUUUGUUUGUGGAAACACCACGUAAAUUUAUUACUACAAUAACAAAUUUACGUGGUGUUUCCACAAAUAAAACUAUUAUAUGUUUUAUCGCCGUGCAAAAGUACAAAGAACAUAUUUAACUGUUAGUGUUACAAAAUUUCCAAAGCGCGGUCAGUGUUCGUGAUAAAUUUGUUAGUUGAUUGUGUUCUAAGAUAAUAAUUGUGUUCAGAAUGCUUAUGUUCUCUCCGCGAGCAACACAUGCCAGUGGAUUAUAAUCAACGUCCUCGGACUUUAGUUUAGUAAUACAUUUUAUACAUGCGGAAUUAUCUCUACGGGUACUAAGAGUUUCCAAUCCUGUGAAAAUCAAAGCCCCUAGUCAAUUCAUAAGACGUGUCAGGAUAAAUUAUUCGUAAUGCCCGUUUUUGAAUUGAUUCAUUUUGAUAUCUGUCCUUUUAAAUUAUAUUUGUUUUAAUAGUAACAGAUAGUUCGUUGCUAUGUAUACUGUACAUGUAGCCUACGAAAUUCACUUCAAAAUGGCUUACCGCCUCAUAUAGUUGGAAAAGAAGCAUGGUGACCCCCAAUUCUAGCUUUUCGUGCAUUAUUUUACUUGGAAGAAAAACUAACAAUUAGCAAAAUAUAAAAAAUUCUAUAAUGCCAUUUUUUUUUGGAAAAUGCGAAAAUGUCGUUCUCUUCGGUAAAAUAUUUUUGGCAUUACAGAAUUUUAGUUUAUUUUUUUGUAUAAUGAAAGUUUUUAGCGGUGCAAUAUAGCAUGCAAAAUUUGAAUAUACGUCACCAGACAAAAUAGAGAGAUAUAGCGCACUGUUUUUCUAAAAUGGAAAAUUCUAAUGACGUCAGAAAUGGACUUAAAACGCUAUAGAACACGUGCAAUGACGUGAGAAGGCGCGAGCAACUGCUCAGUAAAAAUGGUCACCCGGUUUUGUUCGCGAUUCUUGAGCAUGAUUUUUGUCAGACAACUAUAUCGAGCCACCUUAAAAAGAUUUCUUAUUCGAUUUGAGUCUACAGAAUUGUUAUUUUUGCUCGUAAUGAAUGCCAGAAAUACACGCAGUCACAUUUUAAUAGGGUUAAGUCUUUGCACCAGGACAGUGGUGUAGUCCUGGAAUGUUAACAAGAGGCCCUGGGGAUAAGGAUGGGGGUGGACUUGAUCAAAUUCCCUGAUUCAAGUCAAGUGUAGCUAUUGACUCGACUCGACUUAAACCAGUGACUCAACUCGACUUAAACCAGUGACUCGACUUGACUCGAGUGAAGCCGCUGACUCGACUCGACUCAACUCGAGUGAAGCCACUGACUCGACUCGAUCAGAAACUGAAAUGACUCGACUCGUGACUCGACCUUUGAGUGACUCGACUCGUGACUCGACAUGUAGGUGACUCAUUACAACACUGCAACUUAGCUUUAACUUGAAUAGGAAAUUGAUUAUAGUCUAUAUAUCUACCGCAAUAGCAUCUUCACAUGGUUGAACGAGAUUGUCAUUCCUCGAGUAUACAGCAUAAGGAGCUACGUUGCAACAUGAAUAUCUAUAUUACAUAACUAAAGCUAAAAUGUCGUUAACUAAAACCAGAGUAGCGAAAACAUGUCAAAAUCAUCAUUAUAAAGGUUGAGAUUUGAUUUCACUUCCACUAUACCAAUAAUGGACCGUUAACCAAUCAGAUGCAUUUAAUGUACCCAAAGUAACCAAUUACAUUUGUACUUAUAAAGGUAUAUAGCGGUAGUGGUAUAGUGGAAGUCAAAUCCAAAGCUUACUAUUGUUAUUAAGGUCUUUGACAGUAUAACCAGCGCUGAAGCAGCACAAAAGAGAGUCGUCAUUGCUAUAGCUGGCUCAGUAUUGUUGGGAAGUCUGAGUACAUUGGCGACCUUCACAUUCAGCAGAAUUACUGCGGACGUAGGAACGACCUUGACUUUGGAAAAUGGAUCAACUGAGAAUGCUCCUAUCGUGUUGGAAGACCCGAGGUAAUUAUUAGAUAGAUAAUUGUAGACAUACAGUAAGAAAGUAGUAGUCUCCAAGCCAACGGGGCGGAACUAUUUCCGCUGGGCAAUUUACACCCGAAAAAAGGACUUUAGAUUAUGAUAAACUUUAGAUUAGUUGACUCUGAAAGUUCAUCAAUAAUCGAGAGCGCGUGGCUAUGCAUGGAUAUCAUUGAAAUGAAUAUAACUGUAAUAUAUUAAUUUCAAUGAUGGGUGGUCAUGUCACUGAUCUCAAUAAUACGGCUCUUUAUCAGAAGUGAAGAAGACAACAAUUUACUGUUAAUUUCGAUGAACAUUUAAAAACAUUGUACGAAGAAUUUCGUGUUGAAUUUUACAUUAAAAUAAGGACCCAUGGAAUGCAAAAUGAUAUACUUAAACUUUUAUUUAUUUUUCGCCGUUUUGUACAGAAAUUUAAAAGGCAACAAAUCGUGCAUGUUGCCAUGGCUAACAUGACGCGAGCAACAGGUGGAGCUGCGUCCUUCGCAAUGUUAGCUCUCAGCCGCAGGUAAGGAUGAUUAGCGCACUUCCCAAACCACACGACUUUACUAAUGACAUUAUAUUUCCCGUUUGAGAUUUGCUUCUCCUCAUCUCAGUGCGUCGAAUAUUAAUUGUUUUUCAGGCCACAGUGCUUGCGGGCAUGUUUCAAUGUACAAUCCUGGUUUUCACAUAUCAGUGUGGAGCACUGCGCAAACUGCCUCUGCUACACCGCGCCAUAUGCCAUAUUCAACAUCAUUUCUCCUAUCUGUUAAAGGUGGGAACAGAACGGAGUUAAAAUCCAAGACAUCGUUCCUUGGCGACUUGCGCCGAAAGAGUCCUGUAAACUAACCUUCGUCGGUCCGUUCGGUUCAGGGGAGAGGUUAAAGCGCUCCGUCAUCGCCUUAUCGUUCAAAAUCCAAGGAACAAACGAUCGAGUUGUCCUGUCGAUUUGGUGGCCCAAAAAGCUAAAUUUCCUGACAAAAGAUUUGAACGCGUAUUCAGUAUCUUGGUUGCGUAUUCCAUAUUCUAAAGCACGCGCUGACGAAACCCUUACAGUUUCCCUACAGGAUUUUGUGAAAAAAGCGGACAAAGACGCAAAGAAGUUUCCCACGCCAGUUAUUCAGAUAAAUAAUUUCCAACGUUAUCACAUCUGGCAAUUUCCAAUUCUCAACCCACUGAGCUCGAAAGUCGACAAGUACCUGAACGUUUUCACAAACAUGGGCGACGGACGAAAGAAUGGGAUGACAGUUAAGGUAUACACAAUUCCUAAAUUAAAGAUGGAUUUUUCGUAG